AUGUCUCGCUUCACCCGCCCUCCUUUCUACAAACCGUCACCUUUCGACAUUCCUCGUCCAGUACAUCCGCUUAGUCCUCCAGAAACAGAAGUUACAGCUGACUCCCUACCUCCAAUGAACAUCGUCCCUCGAGACAUGGGAUCAUAUGCUGACGUUGGUGCAUCGUCGUCACACACAAGAGUAGAUUCAACGGAUAACUACCAGGUUGCAGGUGUAGAAUUGCAAACGCCCAAUGGACGAUUUCGUCGACCCUCGAAUCUCGCGUAUCUUCACUCAGGAUCUUUGCGUGGUGAUCUGCGCUUGCCUCGUUCAGCGACGAGAUGGCUUGUGAUGGUUAUUCCACCUCCACCUAUAUCGCGCGAGCACGGAAGUGGAAUAUUUCUAAAUGCACCCGCUCGCGCCUCGCAUGGCGUUCUAUUACCUCUUUUGCCAAGUCUCUCCGGCCAACUAACUGCCAUUGCCCGCGAGUUCUCUUUCCCAAGCACGACUGGUAUCUGCGUUUAUCUCCAAAUAUUGGAAGGAGGCAUGCAAUUCACUUCUCGCAUUUCUGAUGAGUCAUGGCCGAUCCUAUGGGGAAGCGCGUUCGACGAAAAACAGUCGAUGACUACCAUGGGAGGCCUGCCCAUCGCUGGACGCAUUGAAUUUGAUCUAGACCUGCGAAAGGCUCGAUGGUUUGACAUGUGGUUGUCAUCGCUCAAAAACACAGCCGAUGCGGUUCCCUCAGUUCCCGCUUCGCUUGCUCCCGGUCACCGGCGUGAAGAAAGCCGGACGACUUUUGAUCAAACCGAGGACUCAGCCGUGGACGAUAUCUCGGUCACCAUUCAAAGGAAGGUGCCUGCUAUCCGACACGUUCCGCGAAAGCUGUCUCUUCUCGACCGGAUUGACAUUGCAACUCCGAAGGCGUCUUCUAGACCGGCGUCACGGGCCGCGCUGUCCCCGACCGAUGCUGAUCAACCGCGUUUGGUCCUUUCUCCCGUCGUGCAAACCCCAACCGCAGUUCCUGUCGCUGUUGAAGAUGAGGAACCGGAGACAGCGACGCAACGUGUUGAUGUCGAAAAGAAGGUGGAGAAAUGGCGCGCAUCGUCCUCAUUUGCGAAAUCACCUCUCGUAGCUAGUACGGGACAGAUUUCUCUGGAUCCGGCGAACAUGCCGAACAACCAACCGUUGGACGAUACACCUACAAUUGCUGCUGCUGAUGGUCUCGAGCCUCUCAAUCUCGACGACUUCACAUGGAGCAUCUCGUCUGCAGGACCAUUUUCUGCAGACUUAAUUGAUGCAAAUCCGCUUUAUGCUGACUCGCUUCGAGCACCAUCUGUGCAUCUUGACGGUCGUUUGGAAGGCUCCGUGUGCUUGACACCGACCACUUGCACUUCCUUUGGUCCGCCUGAUUACGAUGUAUUCUCUCCAGUUGCAAGCCUCAUUUCGCGAUUACCAUCGCCAGACCUCGCUGCGCGCCAGUGGGAGGACGCACCGCCAACUCCAUCAACCGCAACUAGCUGGGGCGCACCCUUGGAAUGGCCCGAGAGCCCGGCAUACAGCUUCCGUGCACCAUCAGUUGAUAUCGCAGCACGUCAUUUCGAAAGCAGGCCGGCGACACCCAGUACUGCUACAAGCUGGGGUGCACCCCUGGAAUGGCCAGACAGCCCAGCGUCGAGCUUCCGUGCACCUUCCGUUGACCUUGGUGCCCGUCAGUUUGGCAGCAGACCUGCCACACCGAGCACAGCGACAAGUUGGGGUGCACCGUUGGAAUGGCCUCCAAGUCCAGUUUCGCCUUUCCGUGUGCACACUCCCGGAGUUGGGAACAUGUUCUUUGAUAACGAACACGAAGAGAAUACACUAUUGGAUCGAGGGCGUGCUCUUCGGUCUUACGGUGCGGGUGACGAUGAACCCCGAGCUUCACUCGAUGAUGAUUCCAAUUCUAGGCAAGUCUCAAGGCCCUGGAAAUUCGUUUGGCCUUAUUGCAAAGCUUCGGCGCCUGGCUCCGUGCAAGGAGUCUCAACACGCAUAGAGCCGACAUAUCCUUGCUUAUCCAUCUACCCCGCUGUGUAUCCGCACUUCGAUCUGUACCCAGCACCAGCCGCGUCUCAUAAUGUCGCUGACGAGCAGCCUCCCCAUAAACAUGUAUCGCACGCCAGUGUAGCAUCUGCAAGGUCACGUAAUGUGUCACCGUGGCAGCAUGUAUGGCCAUACCAGAAGGUAACCAACAAUGUCGUUCGCCCGAUAACAAUUCGUUUAGAAGCGAAGUAUCCUUCGUUCGAUAUCUAUCCAACGGUCUACCCGCACUUUGAUUUAUAUCCUGCAAAGCCGCCUGCUUGCGGUACUAGUCGGGAGGUCGUCAUAAAGCUUGAGUCGAAGUAUCCGACUUUCAGUAUUUAUCCUGCUCUCUAUCCGAGCUUCGAAAUCUACCCUGGGCAUGUCGUUGAGGCUCAGCCAAAUCCACUUGAAACGACCUCCGUUCAUUUGAAGCCCUCAUAUCCUUGCAUUCAACCCUACUCGGCAGUGUAUCCGUACUUUGACUUGUAUCCCGAAGUCUCAGUAGGAGUACUUAUCAGUGGGAGCAGGCAACCACCUAGGAAGCAAGCUCCCCAUUCACACGCCGAGGUUGCCGUGAAGCGCCCAGCUUCGCCAUGGAAGCACGUAUGGCCUUACCAGCGCACCGGGGAUAUUACGCGGCCGAUACAAACACGGUUAGAGCCAGGCUACCCUACGAUCAGUCUUUACCCUGCAGUCUAUCCUUACUUCGACUUGUAUCCCUCAAGACCGUGUGUGAAUGGCUCGAGCAAGGAAAUCGACGUCAAACUCUCGACAAGAUAUCCUGCAUUUAGCAUAUAUCCGGCCGUCUACCCGGCCUUUGAGAUCUAUCCGGGAUAUGUCGUCGAGGCUCAGAGAAACCCGCAAGAGCUGCUGUCUGUGAAACUACCGGCUUCAUACCCUUCAUUUGAGAUUUAUUCGCCUGCGUACCCUCACCUCGUGAUUUAUCCUGAGUAUGGUGAUUCUGGAAAGCGCUCUGGGUCAUCUCAUUCCCCGAACGUACCGAACGAAGUUCGAGGACCGGCAAAGCCGGCAAUAGUUGCAAAACGAUCGGUAUCAGUAACAUUGAAGCCGUCAUAUCCGCAUCUCGAGAUCUACUCUCCUGUCUAUCCUAACCUACGCGUAUAUCCUUCACUUUCAUCACUUUCGCUUGAAAAGGACGUCUCGAACAUCUGCGAGGCUCGGUAUCCCAACUUCGACAUCUAUCCGGCAGUCUAUCCGUAUUUCGACAUCUACCGUUCAGGCAGCGCUUCGACAUCUGAAUACUGGCGCGAAGCGCCUCGAGUUGAGUUGAACGCAAAGUAUCCGGUGAUUGAUACUUAUGCUCUCGUCUACCCAUUUUUCGAUAUCUACAAGUCGGGUCAAACCUCGGAUCCAACACCUCUGACGACCAAGCUGUCAACGAAGUUGGAAGCGAAAUAUCCAGCCUUUGACAUCUACCCCGCUGUGUACCCGCAUCUUGAGCUCUACCCAUCGGUGCAAGCCGCGACACUAUCUUCCCCUCGCCGCCGGGCACGAAGGUCUCAUCAAGAACUAGUCGAGCUCGUCCACGCACAAGCUCAGCGAUCAGCAUCUCGUGUCCUAAGAAUUCCUCGGAUCUCCAUAUCUUCGCAUUCAAUGCGUCGACGUCCACGAAGGUCACACAAAGAACUUGUCGGGCUCGUCUUUCCACCGCAGUCCAAUCCAGAAAAACCUCGUAUUCGAACGAGCAUGCUCCCUACGUCGCCACGAGACGCAAGUCGCAUUUUACCACAAAGUGCUCGUCCAUCAGGUAUCCCAACUCGUCCUUCAGAGAUCAGGAGGACGAAUUCCCUUGGACGAUCAACGAUGUCAUCUUCGUUCCGACCGUCCGGUGUUUCAGGCGUCUCGCGAUCCUUCUCGUUAAGGACUUUAGCGUCUGUUCGAGAGGAGAACCCGGCAAACCGUCCUUUAACGGAACGUUUAACGCAAAUUCCGGAACGAAAACACAUGAAGCGGGAUAGCAUCGUACUCGAGAGGGCAAGACAUUGGGGCGCACCUGCUGGUUCAAAACCUCUAGUCCCAACUAACGAUUCCCCACACGUGACGAUGAAUGAUCUCGCAGAAUUCCCGAUGCCACCUCUCCCGCCUCUUCCGAAUGUCCCAAACGGCCGCCCUGCGUCAAGUGUGAAUCGACCUAUAGCGAAGCUUGACAAGACGAAGUUUCCAUUCCGGUGA